AUGAGUACCAAGAGGAGCCCAGGUGAAUUCACGGUGGCACGGCUGAAAGACAUACUGAAAGCGAAAGGUCUAAUGGCUGGAAAACUAGCUUACAUCUCUUUCCUCUUCAACGUCGCCAGGCUCCAUUCUCCGCCUCUAACCGACCUCCCAUGGUCUUUUCGCAACAGCAAAGCUCCGUCGCCGGCGGCGUUCCAGGUGGAGAGGAACCCCAAGUCCCAAUCGAGCGUCCCGAGAGAGGCUAGACAGAGGUCGCCGGAGAGCGCGAGGAGGUCCUCCGGGUCGCUGCCAUUCGUCGCUGCAGCGUUUACAGGUUUCGCUGGGAGGGCCGCGUCGCCGACGCCUUCGGUCUCCCCGACGCCGUCGUCCGCGUCUCAGUCGUCGGUGCCGUCCUGCCGUAGCAAGAAAUCCGAGCAGCAGGAUGGCGGGAGACGGUACAAGGAGGAGCUGGACCACGAGCAGGGCAAUUCGGACGCUGUCGGUCGAGUGUCGCCUGCCAUCGCGAGCCAGGGUCGCGAGAGGAGCGUGGAGGUCCUGGCCGUCGCGGAGAACGAUCGAGCCAAGUCGUCGAAGAGGAGAGGCCGAGGAGGAGAGAGCUCUUCCAGCGGCGUGUCGUCGGUGGUGUACGACGUGGCCUGCUGCGACGGACCGGUCAAGUUCCACCGCGUUCUGAACGAGAAUUACUCCAACCCGGCGCAACGUCUCCAGAGGUCGUGCUUCGAGCCCGAGAACGACGAGAACGGGAGGCCUCAGGCCGCCAGGAUGGCCGGAGAACCCGCGGAGUCCGAGGCCAACGCCGGCACCGAGAGCUACACCUGCAGCUACUGCAGGCACACCUUCAAAUCUCAGUACUGCUACAGGAAGCACACCAAGAGGCACCUGCUGCCCACCAGGCCCAACGAGUCGCCGGGGAACAACGCGCAACGCCAGGACGUGCGGCGCGCCAGAAGGGAGGUGCGGCUGCUGGACCUGAACGUUCAGUACUAUCCCUGCAAGAUCUGCGGCUGCAAGUUCCCCAGCUACUACUUCGUCCACAAACACAGGAAGCUCUGUCACGCCAACGCGGAGGAGAGGCAGCAAGCUGAGGAAAGACAGCGAGCCGAGGACACCAACGCGCCAGCCGAGGACCGAGAGGCCACUUCGAUCACCAACGACAGGAAAUGAAGAAUAUAUAUCUUUCUCUCAAAGUUUCACGAGGUACAAGGUCGUACAAAGUCGUACACUCUCGGGCCGUGGAGGAGAGACACCGAUAUCAAGAGAAAGACACUGCUCUGUCGACGAUUCAACCGUUGAAAUAUAUUUCAGAGUUAUAAACGCUGUGAAAUUCGAGUAUAAUUAAAGUGCAAUGAACCGAAACGGUGUUUUUUUUUCUGCGUCAAGUGAUCGAUUCUGAGUCAUUCGAAAGCUGUUGCGUAGACAGGAAAUAGGAUUUGAAGAAAAAAACACCUGUACCGAAAACCGAGGCGGCCGGGACUCGAACCCGGGACCCUCGGACUACCAGUCCAACGCUCUACCGUCGGGCUAGUUCUCGUUCACGCUUACUCUCUCGUUCGUUCGCAUAUAUCUCUGUCGUGUAAGUCCACCGAAAAGUUCAGUUUUUAGAACACACGAAAUAAUAAA